GCACACGAGGGUUGGUAGACUAGCUGCUGUCGGUCAUCAGGUAGGCGUACCCAAGUUCAGUUGUGUAGUGUUUAGAAUGACGUUUGAUCGGACAUGAGGGGUAGAGAAAUGCUACAGUACGACCUGCUGCUAACGACUGCGACACAGCCAAUGCGAGAACGUAUUCAGUUGGCCUCUGCGUUAACCCCUUUCUACCCCGCCUCUCCAUUCGUCUGGACGCUGAUGCUGCCUGCAAGACGAUGAACGCCAAUGCUCGAAAAGUCCGCAACCAAGAUAACAAUCCCUGCAUUGAGGAAAGUGAUGGCUCCCAGAACUGCCUGAACAGAAACAACUAUGACAAGUCCAUGUGCAGUUUCUACUUCCUGAGAUACAAGGAGUGCAGAAAGUACUGGCACAAUGUCAUGAUUCAGCGUCGGCGAGAAGGUACGAAGCCAGACAUGCCGACAGCAGCGGAACGGGAGGAGAUCCUUGCUGCCCUGGGUGGGAAACCCUACUGAGAAUGAAGAAACCCUACAGGAAGAACCAGGCUGCUGCAGCCACACAGCAGCAUCUACCUGAGCACUCCUCAGCAACUCUCUGUGACUGAGUGGCUGUGACUGAGGACACAUUUCACUGAAAGCACAGUUCAGACCCUGUUUCUGGUUGGGCCUGUGGACCAUCUUUAACACAAACCAGUGGGAAUGCUGUGGAUAUGACAUGGGCAUGUGUGUCACCUUCUAAAAUGACUUUGCAUAGUUGUAUCAUGGAUAGUUGAUUUGACCCAUGCCCUGUGAAGGGGUGUUUUGAUGGUCAAAAAAGCUUGUACUGACUGUAAAGAGUGUGGUAAAGAAGUGUAUGUUGCUGAUACAACAACCUGUGUGUGUUUGUUGUGGUUUAUAUAUUAUUCAGAUGCAUCGCUAUGGAUUGUCGCCUUGAAAUUGAGGCGACUAGGGGGUUCUCACUGAAAAAUGCAGUACCACUGAAGUAUUGUGUAUUAAAUGUCUAACCCUGUAUAGUCCGCGGGAAUAAAGGAGGAACUGGUACCAGAUGCGGCCUUGUUGUGCCAACACAUCACCAUAUUGGUGGCUUUGCUGAAGACCUUAAUAAACUAUAUGGAACAUGUCAA